AUGGCGACUAAGAUGGUCAUUCAGCAGCCUAAACCACUUGUGGUUGCCGCUGCAUCAGACCAGUGGAAUACCAGCAUCUGUGAAUGCGACAACCUAAAUGAAUGUUGCUUCUCCGUGUGGUGUUUCCCUUGUUUCGCCUGCAUUACGGCGAGAGACCACGGAGAGUGCCUGUGUCUGCCUCUCUUAGACAGUUUUGGCCUCAUUCCACCGAUCACUCUCUCCAUGAGAGUGUCCAUGCGUAGGCGCUAUGGCAUCCAGGAUACCAUUUGCAAUGACUGCGUCUACGCCUUCUUCUGUGGCCCGUGCUCGUGGUGCCAGAUCAGACGUGAGAUGAAGGCACGUCUGCACCCCGUCACACUAUUUAACAACAAGCCUACAUAA